AUGAGUUUGUUUUUCUUUCUGGCCUCAGGGGCAAAUGUAAAUGCUGCUAAACUUCACGAGACAGCCCUCCACCACGCAGCCAAAGUGAAAAACGUCGAUCUGGUGGAGAUGCUGAUUGAAUUUGGAGGAAAUAUUUACGCGAGGGACAACCGAGGAAAGAAGCCAUCGGAUUACACCUGGAGCAGCAGUCCCACAGCAAAGUGCUUCGAGUUCUAUGAAAAAACGCCUCUGAGUUUGUCACAGCUCUGCAGAGUGACGGUGAGGAAAGCCGCCGGGCAGCGAGCGCUGGAGAAGAUUGCCAAGCUAAAUAUUCCCCCGCGAUUAAUCCAGUACCUGUCCUACAACUGACAGGGGCGAAGGUGGCCGGGAAGGAC